CACACGGCCUCAUCUCGCUUCGAUAAAUUAUUGCUUCGCUCACAGCUCAGAAACUCGAGUCGAGUGAGGCACCACAUAGACUAGCAGCUCAGCUGAGCUUGGUGCCCAUGGGCGACGCCGGCGAGGAGCCGCUCCGUGAGGUCCCCGACGAGAUCGCGGAUGAGAUCCUGCUCCGCCUGCCCUCCCGCUCCGCCCUGGCGCGCGCCGCAGCAGCCUGCGGCGACUUCCGCACCCUCGUCUCCUCCCCGCGCUUCCUCCGCCGCCACCGCGCGCUGCACCCGGACAAGGGCGCGCUCCUCGGGGUCUUCACCUUCUCCCUCCGCCCCAACGGCGUGGGAGGCGGCGCCGCCUUCCACCCCGCCGAGCCGCCCCACCCGGCCGCGGCUGCCGCCCGCGCCGUCGCCCGCGCCGCCGACUUCUCAUUCGGAUUCCUCCCCGCCGGCGCCGGCGCAGAAGCCCCCGAAUGGAUGGUCCGGGACUACCGCGACGGCCGGUUCCUCCUCGACCGCGCGUCGGCCGGGACCGGGAGCAUCCUCUUCACCGAGCUCGCCGUAUGCGACCCCCUGUCCCGCCGCUACGUCCUGCUCCCGCCCAUCCCCGACGAUCUCGCCGCCGCCGUCGUCAACCCGCUCACCGUCUUCUACGGCCGCCGCCGGUGCGAACCCUUCCUCACCCCUGCCGAGGCCGGCGAGGUGGAGGCGGAGCCGUCGUUCACCGUGAUCUGGACGGCGCGGUGUCCGAGAAAGGUCGUCGCUUUCGCCUUCUCGUCGCGCGACGGGCAGUGGUGCGCGCUCCCGUCGCCGGACUGCUUCGUCUGGCGUAGGAACCGGUCGCCUUUCAGCUGUCCCAUCCACGCCGUCUGGAACCGGCGGCACUACGCGCACGGACGCUUCUACUGGGUGGACUGCCUCACCAACCGGUGGCUCGUGCUCGACACCCGCGCCAUGGAGCUCACCGUCGCAGAGAUCCCAUCACCAGCAGGCUACUGGGAGGAGCACGUCGCCGUCGUGGAGGCCCCGGACGGGAAGGUCGGCGUAUUCGCGCACGACUUCUACCACGGCGACGGCAAAGCCAAGCUCUGCUACUACACCAUCGAGCACGACGGGGAAGGCGGGGACGCACCACGGUGGCAGCUGGAGAAGACGGUCCCGCUGCCGUGGCCAGCGGAUUACGGCCGGCCGUUCUGCGUCCGCGACACGGCCAACGGAUGCUUGGUCCUUGAGGUCAGCGAGGAUAUGCCGGCGUUCAUGGCAAGCCACCGCACAAGGGACGUCGAGCUGUUUAAAAUCGACGUCAAGUGUUUCCAGCUGGAGAGGAUCUGCCAGGUGCAGUGCGCCGCCGGUGCCGCCGGCGAGCGUUGCUUGCCGUACUUCGGCUUCCCGCCAUUGCUGUCCUUGCCAACUGUUUGAGCAGCAUGAUAAUGUUGCUGAACAAAAUGUAUAACUGCUCUUGUUGCAGUCUAUGUAAGCAAACGUUUGUACUCGCCUUGGCCCUAAAUGUUCACAAAUGCAAUGCAUACAUACAUACAUAUACAAAGUUUACAAGGACAAAUUAAAACAAGAACUUUGCUAUU